UAGUUUUUUUACGAUCGUGAGAAAUAGUCGGUUGAAGAAAUUGUAUUUUUUUCAUUUAAAAAUAUAUUAUACAAAAUAAAUAUUUAUUUAUUCAUCAUGGCAAUUAAUAUAAGAGGACUUUUUAAACUGAAUAUUUUGCAAACAAAAAAUAUGUUUUUCAAAUCUAAUUUUGUAAAAGUUGGGAUCCGAUGUCUAUACACAGAUCAAGAUUUAGGUAUAACUACGUAUGAAAAUUCGAGAUUCGUAUUUCGUAAUCAAUUUAUGACAAUAGAAAAUACUUUUCGUGAGAGAAUGAAGGAAAUUUGUGAAAAAGAUGAUGGAAUAAUAUUUACAGAAGAUUUAAAAGCAAUGAUUCAUUUAGCACAACCUAACGAACAAGAUAUGUCUUUAUUAAAUGAUAUGUUAAAAAAAUAUAGUCAGAAACAUGAAGUAAGUAAGAUUGGUUCAUAUGUGUUUGGACCAGUAGUAAUGAGAAUGUAUUAUCAUCUAAAUCAACCACAAUAUGCUUUACAAGCAUUUGAGAAUGAAAUUUUAAAUAAUAGUUUUAAUUAUCGUUCAUCUUUUCGUAUCUUAAUGUGUUUGUUAUAUAAAAAUAAUAUGUUCGAAGAUAUGAAAGAGAUAUAUAACAAAGUAUUAAGUACUAAAGGUAUAGAAUUCAUUGGCACUAAUAGUGUUUUAAUAUUUGCUGCAUGUCUAAAAGAGAAUACUCCAGAGGCAUUGGAAUAUGCUUUAGAUCAGUGGAAGAAACAAUUUGAUACACUAAAACCUUCAAGAAGAAGUUAUGCAUUAAUAUCAUAUUUAGCAAUAAAAAAUAAUGCAUCUGAAUUAGCAUUAGAUAUAUUAAGUACACUUCAAAGAGAGAAAAUUAUGAGUGUAAGAAGUCUCAAAAUAUUGGCAUAUAUGAAUCUGCAAAGAUAUUUACAAAUAAUUCCUAUUUUAAAACAAGCAAUAGAAAAUAAUGUUCAGCAAAAAUAUUUAAUUUUUGCAGAUGUGAUAUAUGAAUUAGAAGAAAAAUUGAAAACACAAAAUAUAGAAGAAUCCUCUCAAUUACUUGAGUUAAUAAAAGAAGCUAAAAGACUAGAACUUAUUCAAACAACAAUAACUUUGGAAGAAUUUUUACUAAAACCUAUGGUUAUUAAAAAGAGAUUCAGAUUAAAUUCUGAAAAAAGAUUAAAAAAUCAACAACAACAUUUUAAUCGAGAACGACCGUUCUCGAGAAAAAAUGAACUACAAAAUUAUUUAUGAUUUUUUUUUCUUACAAUUUUCUCAUUAACAACAACUUCGUUAAACAAUACUUUCCAUUUUGCAAUGAAGUUGUAUUAUUAUAAUAAAUCAUAUAAUAUGUUAAUCAUAUAAUAUAAUAUGUAUUAUAUGUCAUGUAUGUAGUAAUUAUAUGGGACGUAAUUAUAAAAUAAAAUAAAUUUAAAAAAUCAUAUAAA